UAUAAGAAGAAGAAUAAAGAAACCAAAAAACACAAUGUUUUUGUGAGGUAGAGAGAGAAGCAUAGUGAGUAAGAGAGUGGGCGUGGAUAAUAUGGUGAAUAAUAUUUGAGAUCAUUGACUUGGCAGCUAUAUUUGAAGCAAUUUAGGCAGAAGAAAAUAAAGAGAAGAGAAGAGGGAGCGGAAGCAGCAGCCGCUGAUUCCAAAUUCCGAUCCCAUGACAUAGAUGGUUUUAUUAGAUCAUACAUACAUUGGAUCAAGUAUUUAAGAACCAUUCAUUGAACAUUGAACUUCACAUCACACAUAUAUAGCAGCAGCAGCAGCAUGGCCUCCAUGGCCGCCAUUACUACUACAGUCCUCCUCUUCUUUAUUAUGAUCCUCUACUCAUCAUCAACAAUAAAUGCAACAACCACCACCACUCAACAGCGCUUCAAAGAAGCUCCCAAAUUCUACAACUCCCCAAACUGUCCCGCCAUUCAGCAAUCAGACAAGUGCUCCGAUGACGCAGUGCACGUUGCAAUGACACUCGACGCCACCUACCUCCGGGGUUCCAUGGCCGCCAUCCUCUCCGUCCUCCAGCACUCAUCCUGCCCUGAGAAUAUCCUCUUCCACUUCGUCACCGCCGCCUCCUCCUCCACGUCGUUCCUUAACACCACCCUCUCCUCUUCCUUCCCCUACCUCAAGUUCCAAAUCUACCCUUUCCAUGACGCCGCCGUCGCUGGCCUCAUUUCCACCUCCAUCCGCUCCGCCCUCGACUGUCCCCUCAACUACGCCCGCAACUACCUCGCCAACCUCCUCCCCUCCUGCGUCCGCCGUAUCGUCUACCUUGACUCCGACCUCGUCCUGGUCGACGACAUCUCCAAGCUCGCCGCCACGCCACUCCCCAACGACGCCGUCCUCGCCGCACCGGAGUACUGUAACGCAAACUUCAGCGCAUACUUCACUCCAUCGUUCUGGUCCAACCCUUCCCUGUCGCUCACAUUCGCCUCCCGAAGGCCCUGCUACUUCAACACUGGCGUCAUGGUCAUCGAUCUCGAGCGGUGGCGUGCCGGCGACUAUACCACCAAGAUCGAGGAGUGGAUGGAGCUUCAGAAGAGGAUGCGGAUCUACGAGCUCGGGUCUUUGCCGCCGUUUCUUUUGGUUUUCGCCGGGAACAUAGGCCCGGUGGAUCAUAGGUGGAACCAGCACGGUCUCGGCGGGGACAACUUUCGCGGGCUUUGCAGGGACUUGCAUCCGGGCCCGGUAAGCCUACUGCAUUGGAGCGGGAAAGGGAAGCCCUGGGCCAGGCUCGACGCCAAUCGCCCUUGCCCGUUGGACGCCUUAUGGACUCCCUAUGACCUCCUCCAGACACCUUUCGCGCUCGAGGCCUAAGCCCAACCCCAAGCCCAAGCCCUCCACAUUAAUUAUGGGUCUUACCUUUAUUUUUAUUUUAAUAUUUCUUCUGUUUCCAUAAAUAAACUGUCUUUUUUCCCCCUUUAUUUCUUUCUUUUUUUUUUUCUUAAAAAAAUGGUGGAAGUAGUAAUUUUUGAAUUAUUAGUAAGGGUGUAAAAUGGCUUGUCAUUAGGGAGUUGGCGCUGGAGUCGCUCCUGGCUAGCUAGCUAUGCUCUUUUACUUUUGUACAGCCAGGUACAUAUACGUUCCCCUACUUGUCUUACUAUAGUAAUUAAUUAACAUACAGUGCAUUCAAUCCAAUAUCAAAGCUUUUAUAUAUUCUAUCUUAAA